AUGGGUACUAAUGUUCUGGGAGAAAAUCUGAGAAGAUGCAGUCUUCUUAUAAACCAGAACAACAUGGAAGAGAGUCAAAUGACUGAAAAGAUACUAACCCUCGCCCUGAAGAUCAUCUGUCUUCUGACUGGAGAGGAUUACACAGUAGUGAAGAAGAGAUCAGGUGAGUGUGUGACUCCCAGCAGCCAUACUGAUGGCUCAGGAGGAUGGAGCAAGACCCAAAGACCCAUUGCAAAGGAGUCUCCAUCUCAUUCACUGAUACAUGAGAGAAGUAAUGAUGAGAAGAUCCUAGAACUCACCUACAAGAUCAUUGAGCUUCUGACUGGAGAGGUUCCUAUAAGGUGUCUGGAUGUCACUGUCUAUUUGUCCAUGGAGGAGUGGGAGUAUUUAGAAGAACACAAGGAUCUGUACAAGGAUGUGAUGAUGAAGGACCACCAGCCCUUCACAUCACCAGGUUUACCACCUAAGCGGAUAAAAGAGGAACCAGUCUUCGGUGAUGGAGAAAUCCUCACAGAGCCCACCAAUUAUACAUUCUCAGAUCAUACACAGCACUAUGCACUGCCCCGUAUUAAGGAGGAAACAGCCUCUUGGGAUGAAGAAAACAUGCAUGAUCCCAAAAAUUGUUUACCUAGAGAUCAUACUCAGCUAUAUUCACCUACUCAUAUUAAGGAGGAACCAGACUCACAGCAACAGAAAUGUAUCACAGAUCCCAUAAUUUAUACACACAUUAUGGAGGAAGCAGUCUCAUGUGAUGUAGAAAAUUCUACGCCUACCAAUGUUUACACUUCAUCAGGAAAUAAACAAGAAUAUCCUUCACCUCAUGUUAGGGAGGAACCAGCCCCACGAGAAGAGGGCCAAUUUACAGACCCUGAGAUUUAUACACUGACGGAUCCUAUUAAGGGGAAACCAGUCUCAUGUGAUGAUGGUGAACAUUCUGCAGCCACCAACAUUUCUACAGAUUGUACUCAUCAAUAUCCAACUGUUUAUUGUAUAAAGGAAUCCGUCACAUGUGAAAGGAGAAAACUCUCAGGCCCCACCAUUUAUACACCACAAUACUCAUCUAUGAUGGAGGAAUCAGUUUCAUAUGAUGCUGGAAACCUCACAGACAUCAACAUUUAUUCAUCCAGAGAUCAACCAGUCUUAUCUGAAGGAGAAAACCUAUAUAACAACUAUGGAUAUAUCUUCACAGAACAUACAUAUACACAUCUCAAUAGAAAUAUAUUUCCUUUAGGGGCCGAACGUUUUGUAGAUGAUUUAAUGGAUUCCUUGCCUCGUGUGGUUGGGGCUUCAACCUCAUUGGAGGGAUUUUGUACAGAAGAGGGACUUGCAGAGCUCCAAUAUGUUUCUAAUCAUGUUAGAUCCCCAGACUGGAGCCCAGCUAAGGCUAAAAACCAUGGUGACUUCCUUUCAAAAUGUAUAGAAUAUGAAAAACAUUUCUGCAAGGUAUCACAUGCCAGGAUCUGUGGGACUCACCUCACUGAAUGGUCAUUUAACUGCUCUGAAUGUCAGAAUUGCCUGAACACUACUCUUAAGCUCAUUAGACAAAAUCUAAAACAUCAAGAAGCAAAAGAAAAGCCUGUUAAGAAAUCUUCAUCAUUUGCUGAACGACACACAGAGAAAAAAGAAUUUGCGUGCCUCGACUGCGGCAAACAUUUUCCCAAUAAACGUUACCUUCUUACACACAGGAGAGUCCACUCUGAAGAGAACCCUUUUCAUUGUCCAGCUUGUGGUCAAAACUUUGAGGAUCAGCAAGGUUUUUUGGCUCACCAGACGAAUCCUGGCUGUGAGAGGCCAUUUUCUUGUUCCGAAUGUGGGAAGCAAUUUAAAAGUAAAUACAAUUCAGAAUAUCACAAAAAAAUUCAUACAGAAAAUAAAAAAUAUCUGUGCCCCGUGUGUGGGAAAAGUUUUCGAAAGCAAUCUUGUUUCAUUGUCCAUGAGAGGACUCACACAGGGGAGAAACCAUAUGCAUGCCCUGAAUGUGGACGGUGCUUCAGCCAGAAUGCAUCAUUGAUCUCCCACCAGAGGCUCCAUACUGGCGAGAAGCCGUUCACAUGUCUUGAGUGUGGACGGAACUUCACACAACGGAUCAGCCUUGUGGUCCAUCAAAGGGUUCACUCCGGAGAUAGACCUUAUAAAUGUCAGGAGUGUGGGAAAGGAUUUACCCAACGCAUUGGUCUGGUCCAGCAUCAGAGAAGACACACGGGGGAGAAGCCGUUUACAUGUUCAGAGUGUGGAAAAUCAUUUACACUCCAUGACAGUCUAGUGAAACACCUAAGGACUCACACUGGGGAGAAACCAUACAUCUGUUCUGAGUGCGGGAAACGAUUUUGCCAGAGCUCACAACUCACGGCUCAUAAACGGUUUCACCAUGCCAGCCAACACAACUUUGAAGAUAAUGUGUAGUAUUAUUGCCCGUUUAGAUCCUGCCAACUGGGGGAAGAACACAAGAAAUGUGUUGUCCUGAAAGAGUUAUUACGCUGAGAGUAUUGUUAGCUUCUAAGGACGUGUUGUGGGGCUCAUUUCAUAAUAAAGGGUGAUGAGACACUUUGGGAACAUGGGUUGACUACCUUUAUUUUUUGUGAUGUGACAUGGUUUAGUUUUGUUCCCAGGGGGAGAUAAGUCUCCGCCAAAGGUGUUUGGCAGCAGCUACUCUCCUCUCCCCAUUCAGAACACAUGCAUGAGGUGGUCAGGAAGGAUACCUGACAGCUGAAAUAACAUUCAGCCAACUGCUAUCUAAUGUGUACUGCCAGCUUUACGGGG